AACUCAUUUACUUAUUGUGUUCAAAAUUCUUGUGUUCAUCAGCUUUGCUUAAUUGUUGUGUUCGAAAUGAUCGCAGUGUUAACAAAUGUGUGUGUUAAACGUGAUGAAAUUAAUAAAAACGUUGACUGAAAUGUGCGAAAAUUCGCCAAUUAUGUGAAAUGUGUCAUAAAAACCGACUUACAAAUAUUGAUCUGCACACAAAUAGUAUUAAAAAGUUCUAGUGAUCUUAGUCAAUAGUUUUUAACAUAGGAUAUAAAACAAUCAACAUGUCUGGCGGAUAUAUAAAUCAAGGAGGAGAACUCCGUUCGAACGGAAGAUCUCCACAUAAAUACGUCAUACAGCAGCCUUCAUAUAGUGGAAAACAACCCUUUCUCAUACCACGGGGGCGAGCGUAUUUCCUAAUUGCUCUAGCCAUGGCAGCUUUGGUAGCUGCUUUUCUAUUAGCCUGGUUCUUAUCACCUGGUUAUGGUAAUGCCACUAGUCUAUGUCCCAUCGAUCAAAGAAACGCAGCCAAACUCGGAUCUGAUGGUCCUUUGGAGGAGUUGAUGUACCACGAUGAUAAAACAGUUCAUGAUCCCAAUGCUGGUACAGGAACAGAAAAGGAACCUUAUCGACCUAGCAGAUACAAGAUCUUCCUAUCUCCAAAUAUAUCAUCCUCCCAAACGUAUGGUGAAGUUUACAUCGACUUCGAAUGCUUUGAGAAUGAUGCUGAAAUCAUCAUAGAUAUUGGUGGCGACAUGUUGAUCCAGGCUGAGAAAAUGACAUUACACGAUGUUAGUGAUACCCAGGAACAAAGUAUCAAUAUUAAAAAACAUGAUUACUUGCCGGACUUUGCAACCAGGACAAGAUUUUCUAUAACCCCCGAAAAAGCUGUAGAAGGCAAAAAAUAUAGAGUGUAUAUGCCAUUUAAUGGAAGACUCAACGAUAAAUUGCAAGGUUUCUAUAAAGCCAGUUACAUAGACCUCAGUGGACACCAAAGAUGGCUAGCAUCAACACAAUUUUCUCCGACCGAUGCGAGAAGAGCUUUUCCGUGUUUCGAUCGGCCUGCCUUAAAAGCAACCUUCGAGAUAUCCAUGGAGCGACCGAACGAACUUAGAACCAUCUCAAAUAUGCCGAUGGACAGAUCAGAACCGUCUGAUUCAAAACCUGGACACACAAUCGAUUACUUCCCAGAAACAAUUAAGAUGUCUACAUACUUAGUAGCAUUUAUUGUUUCUGAUCUUAUGGGCAGCGAAACUUUAAUAGUACCGAUCCCAGGCACAGGAAAAUCAUUCCCAUUGAGAGCUUGGUCACGUCCUGAAGUGCUAGAUCAGACAGAAUAUGCUAGAAAUCUUUCAGUUUCCUUGUUAGAGUAUUACCAGGGUUACUUUGGAAUUGAUUUUCCUAUGCCGAAAAUUGAUAUCGUUGCUGUUCCUGAAUUCGGUUUCAAUGCUAUGGAAAAUUGGGGUCUAAUAACAUUCAGGGAGUCUGCAAUGUUGAUAGCUGAUAAAAUUACCUCAGAAAGUCGCAAAGAAACUGUCGCUACAGUAAUUAGCCACGAACUUGCCCAUCAGUGGUUUGGCAAUCUGGUCACACCCGCCUGGUGGAACGAUCUUUGGCUUAAGGAAGGAUUUGCAACCUACGUCGAAUUUAUGGGCGUCGAUUAUGCUCACCCCACAUGGCGAAUGACCGAUAAGUUUUUGGUUAAUGAAAUCCAAGAGUGCAUGAACGAUGAUGCCAGUAAAUCUUCGCACCCGCUUUCUGUUCCAGUUUCCACAGAUGCCGAAAUUAGAAGAAUAUUUGAUCCCAUUUCUUAUACUAAAGGUGCUUCCAUAAUUCGUAUGAUGGAACAUUUUCUUGGUGCAAACGUUUUUAAAUCUGGCCUGAAAAGAUAUUUGAAUGCCCAUCUUCAUGCUAAUGCCAGACAAGAUGAAUUAUUUGCUGAUUUAACAGCGGAAGCUUUGCAGAGUUCUGAACAGAUUUUACCUGCAAACGUAACUGUAAAAGAUAUUAUGGAUACUUGGACUUUACAAGCAGGAUUUCCAGUUUUAGAUGUUAAAAGGCAUGGAAAGGAAGUAACAUUCACACAGAGUAAAUUCAUUCUACCUUCAAAUGAUUCAUCCGACGGUUCUCGCUGGUGGCUUCCCAUCAGUUUAACAUCAGCAUCUGAUCUCAAUGCCACAACUAAACCUGUACUAUGGUUGUCUCCAAAAUCGGAUUCCUUGAGCUUUACUCCGCCGAAAGCUAACGAAAAUGAUUAUAUUCUUGCUAAUCUAAAUCAAACAGGGUUCUAUCGGGUUAACUAUGACAAUGAAAACUGGAACCUCCUCAUUGAAGCCUACUAUGAACUGCCUGAUUUAACUAGAGCGCAAUUACUGGACGAUUCAUUUGCUUUAGCAAGAGCUCAUCUUUUGGAAUAUGAAAUUCCGCUUAUAUUUGCAUCCAGAUUGUCUCAUGAUAUGAGUCCAGUAGCAUGGCAAUCAGCUUCUAGGCCUAUUUUGCAUUUAAACAGGAUGAUGAGUAGAGAGCCAGCUUAUGGAGCAUUCAGAACAUUCAUGCGUGCUGCAGUCAAUGGUAUUUAUCGUCAAUUAGAUUUUGAAGAAAAACCAGAUGAUGAUCAUUUGACAAAAUUGCAUCGUCCUCUGAUGAUUAAUUUAGCAUGCGCACUAGACCAUCCAGACUGUCUCAAUAGAGCGCAAUAUAUGAUGAGAUUAUGGAUGAGGGAUGAAGAACACAAUCCAAUUUCACCAGAUGUGAGGUUACCUGUAUACUGUGCUGGAAUCAAGCAAGGCAAUGUGGAGGAAUGGGAUUUUGCUUUCAAAAAAUUCAAAGCAUCAAAUGUUCCGUCAGAGAAAAUGACUUUACUCAGUGCUAUGGGAUGCUCAAGAGAUCCUUGGAUUCUUGCAAGGUACUUGGAAAUGACAUUGGAACCCAAUUCACCAUUUAGCAAACAAGAUGGUGCUUUAAUUUUUGAAGUUGUUGCUGGAAAUAAGCAUGGGUUUGAUUUGGCAACCUCACAUCUUAUUGAUAACUUUAAAAAAAUCUAUGAGUAUCAUUGCAGUUAUGGAGAAGGGUUCUCAACGGUCAAGAAAAUGAUCCACGCUUUAGCCUUAUACAUGAACAAAGAUUCUGACAAAAAGAAGUUGGCUGCAUUUGCAAAAGAACUGGAUUUGUUGGGAAUUGAAUCGGCAAAACGGCAUCUACAAACGGCAACGGAGGAUAUAAUGAAUAAUAUAUAUUGGCGGUCACAUGGAUAUUACAAUUUAGAAAAAUGGGUUAAAGAAUUUAAUGCUAAAUUUCAUAUUGUAUAGAAUAGAACACCACAUUAGCAAAUUCACGAAUAUUUGAGUUGUGGACAAACUAUUAAGAAAAUAAUGAUUAAUUAUUUUUAUCAAGAUUCUUUAAUUUGAUACUAAAAUGUUUUGCUCCACAAAAUGACUAAAUAUACUUUAAAAAACAACUGACUAGAAUAUAUUGAAAUUUACAUUCGGAUAUAUUUAAAUACUUACUAGACCACAAAAAUAUUUGUCAAAGUUUGUCAAAAAUAUUUUGUAUAUAUUUUCUUGAAUAUCGACAGUGAUAACGCUGGAUUUGUGCUGCCUGGUAGAUUUUUUCUUGAAAAGGUGAUAUUACUCCUAUGAUUUGUAUUUAUAUGAAAGUGCUUUAUAUUAUUUUAAUGAUUAUAAAUAAUAGUAUGUAUGGGAUAUUAUAUAAUUGUGUAUAUCGAUAUAAUUGUUGUCCUCAAUAAAAAAUAUUUUUAA